AUGGCGCGCGAUGAUCCUGAGAAAGCCACAUCAAGCACAGCGGAAUGCAUGAGAAAGAGUUCAGAAAGAACAAAGUCAGACGACAACGAUGACCUUCAAUUAGUACGCCAUGCCACCUGGGAUGGUGAUCAAGACCCAGCAAACCCUCAGAAUUGGCCUCCCACAAAGAAAACCUCCGUGGUCUUCAUGGUGUCAUUCCUCGCAAGCAUAUCACCAUUAGCUUCUACGAUGACAGCACCCGCACUGCCCGCCAUCGCUCACGAUCUCAAUAUUAGCUCCACACCAGAGCUUCAAUUCACAUUAUCGAUCUUCGUUCUGGGCUACGCUAUCGGCCCACUUUGCCUAGCUCCAUUGUCCGAAGUAUACGGGCGCGUAUGGGUCGCACAGCUCAGCAAUCUAUGGUUCCUGCUCUUCAAUACCGUGUGUGGAUUCGCAACUUCAACACCCCAGCUGCUAGCAUUCCGCUUUCUAGCCGGCCUAGGCAGCUCCACAACGGCAAGUGUUGGAGCCGGUGUGCUGGGUGAUUGCUAUCAUCCAGGAAAUAUGGGAUCGGCUGCAGCGCUCUACAGCGUAUUGCCUGUUCUGUCACCCGUCAUAGGACCCAUUGUCGGAGGGUUUGUGACGCAGCAUACGACAUGGCGAUGGAUCUUCUGGGCGAUCUCAAUCUGGGAUGCGGUGAUCCAGGUUGCCGCCUUCUUCGUUCUCCAUGAGACUCACAAGCCAAUUGUUCUUGGGCGGAGACUAAAACAUCUUUACGAAGCACGCGGGCAGAAAGUCGAUAUACCCCAGGACAGACCAUCUGUUUAUGAGGUUUUGAAAGGAUCUAUCACUCGGCCCUUAUAUCUAUUAUGCACUCAGGCACUGGUCCAAGCCUUGGCUUUAUAUAUGGGAUUCCUAAGUGGCGUUUCAUACAUCGUCGACACAACAUUCCCAACCCUCUGGAGAAAGCGAUACGGCCAAAGUACCUCCAUAGGAAGCCUACACUACAUCGUCCUCGGAGUCGGGGCUAUAGUAGGGGCGCAAAUAUGUUCUUACGCCAAUGACCGCAUAUACAAGGCGCUCUCGGCCCGCAAUGGCGGGAAAGGGUCUCCGGAUUUCCGCCUACCCACCAUGCUAUUAGGAGCUGUACUCGCUCCGAUUGGCUUGUUUUGGUAUGGGUGGUCUGCAGAAGCCAGGUUACACUGGACCAUGCCUGAUAUCGGUGGUGCUAUCUACUACGCCGGGUUUAUGAUGGGUCUGAUCAAUGUGCACAUGUACGUGAUAGAUAUCCAUGGGUCUAAUUCGGCAUCUGCAAUGGCUGCAGUAUCGUUCGUGCAAUCGUUAUUUGGUGCUUUGUUUCCCCUGUUUGGAGCAAAUCUUUACACGGCUAUUGGAUAUGGCUGGGGUAAUAGUGUGAUGGGAUUUAUAAGCAUUGGGCUGGGUAUUCCAGCUCUGGCUUUGUUAUGGAGAUUUGGAGCUCGUAUGAGAAAGGAGCAUAAAUAA